UUCGGUAGCAGCAGCAGCAGCGGAGGUGUCCGUAUAGAGUGUCCAGGCGCGCGCGUGUCUCCGCCCGCGGUGUUUGCCCCGCGAGCCCGGGGGUUUCAGCGACCGGAAGCGGCGGAGCAACAAGAACAAAUAAAAUUUAACAAAAAUAAAAAGCCAUGAACUCGGGCCUGGAUCUGUCGCGCCGGAACCCGCAGGAGGAUUUCGAGCUGAUCCAGAGGAUCGGGAGCGGAACCUACGGCGAUGUUUACAAGGCGCGAAAUGUCAACACGGGAGAGCUGGCGGCCAUCAAAGUCAUCAAACUGGAACCAGGUGAGGACUUUGCGGUGGUUCAGCAGGAGAUCAUUAUGAUGAAAGACUGUAAACACUCAAACAUCGUAGCAUACUUCGGCAGUUAUCUCAGGAGAGAUAAAUUAUGGAUCUGUAUGGAAUACUGCGGCGGAGGGUCACUACAGGAUAUUUAUCACGUGACCGGACCUCUGCUGGAGUCACAGAUUGCAUACGUAUCACGGGAGACCCUUCAGGGCCUGUACUACCUCCAUAACAAAGGCAAGAUGCACAGAGACAUUAAGGGAGCAAAUAUCUUACUUACUGACAACGGCUACGUAAAGCUGGCGGAUUUUGGCGUCUCGGCUCAGAUCUCAGCCACUCUGGCCAAGAGGAAGUCCUUCAUUGGGACGCCAUAUUGGAUGGCCCCGGAGGUGGCUGCAGUAGAACGUAAAGGAGGCUAUAAUCAGCUGUGUGAUAUCUGGGCCGUGGGCAUCACUGCUAUAGAGCUGGCCGAGCUGCAGCCUCCCAUGUUCGAUUUGCACCCAAUGAGAGCUCUUUUCCUCAUGACCAAGAGCAACUUCCAGCCUCCUAAACUAAAAGAUAAACUCAAAUGGACGAGUAACUUUCAUCACUUUGUGAAAAUGGCGCUGAUUAAAAACACUAAGAAGAGGCCGACAGCAGAUAAACUGCUCCAGCACCCGUUCGUAUCGCAGCCGUUGAGUCGCACUCUUGCCAUCGAGCUGCUGGACAAAGUCAACAACCCCGACCACGCAGACAUCGAGGAUAGUCACGACGGAGAGGACGAGGACGCCGACCCUGAGUCUCCGGUGCAUGUUCCUCAGCGGAUCACAUCAGCGAGCCGAAGUUCACGGGAUAAAAAGACUCUGUCAGAGAUCAACUUUGAUCAGGUGAAGUUUGAUCCUCCACUAUGGAAAGAGACAGAGCUGCAUGAACCGGAACUGCAGCUGGAGCCGCAGAGUUUACUGGGUGAUCAUAAGAGUCUAUUAAAAUCAGUAGCAGAGGAACUUAAUCAGAGGGGUCAUGUGACACAUUUAGAGGAGGAUGAGGAGGAUGGUGAUGAUGAAGCUGGACACUCCACAAUGAGGCCUAAAGUCCCUCCCCCGUUACCCCCCAAGCCGAAGUCUCUUGGUCCUUCUCAGAGCGACCCAGACGGAGAAGACGGCGCCGGACAAGGGACCAUCAAACGUUCCCCUGCCUCCUCAAGCCCCGCCCCUUCUCCCCGCCCAACCUCCUGCGUGCCUCCCAGGCCGCCGCCCCCUCGACUGCCCCCUCAGAGACGCAGCAGCUUAGGUAACGGAUUGAGCGCAUCGUCACAGAAUGGAGAGAGGGAACGACAGUCAACUCUCCCCACCAUUCCCAGUCGCAGGACUAAAGACAUUCCUAAGCCGAUGUGUAACGGCCUGCCUCCCACUCCCAAAGUGCACAUGGGAGCGUGUUUCUCAAAAGUGUUUAACGGAUGUCCGCUAAAGGUCCACUGCGCUUCAUCCUGGGUCAACCCCGACACCAGAGAUCAGUAUUUGCUUUUCGGUGCUGAGGAAGGAAUCUACAGCCUUAACCUGAACGAGCUUCACGAGACCUCCAUGGAGCAGAUAUUUCCCCGGAGGUGUACGUGGCUGUACGUGAUGAACAACUGGCUCCUCUCCAUAUCCGGUAAAGCGUCCCAGCUGUACUCCCAUAACCUGGCUGGUCUCUUCGAGCACGCUCGGCAGAUGCAGAAGUUACCGGUGGCCAUUCCGACGUACAAACUCCCCGAUAAAAUCAUUCCUCGGAAGUUCACAGUGUCCAAUAAGAUUCCAGACACAAAGGGGUGCCAGAAGUGUUGUGUAGUUCGCAAUCCAUAUACAGGGCUUAAGUAUCUGUGCGGUGCGUUCCAGUCCAGUGUAGUGUUGUUUGAAUGGGUGGAGUCCAUGCAGCGCUUCAUGCUCAUCAAGAGUAUAGACUUCACUCUUCCCUGUCCAUUGGAGAUCUUUGAGAUGCUGGUGGUCCCGGAGUAUCACUACCCGUUAAUCUGUGUGUCUGUUGUUAAGGGCAGUCAACCUGAUCAGGUUGUGACCUUUGGCACCGUUGACCCCAACGACUUCACGCCAACCUUCACCGAACCCGACACACCACAGACAUGCGUAAUUCACGUCACACAGCUGGAAAGGGACACUAUACUGGUGUGUCUGGACCGUUGCAUAAAGAUGGUGAACUUACAAGGCCAAUUAAAAUCCAGCAAGAAACUCUCAGCUGAGCUCACUUUCAACUUCCAGAUUGAAGCAAUAGUGUGUUUGCAGGACAGCGUGCUGGCAUUCUGGAGACACGGCAUGCAGGGACGCAGCUUCAAAACCAACGAGAUCACGCAGGAGAUCUCCGACAACUCGCGCAUCUUCAGACUGCUGGGCUCGGACAGGACAGUCGUGCUGGAAAGUCGACCAACAGAUAACCCUACAGCUCAGAGUAACCUGUACAUACUUGCGGGCCAUGAGAACAGCUACUGAAAAUACACACACACACACACACACAGACGCACGCACACACACUGCAUUCCUUUGCUCUGCUACAUAACAUAACACACUACACCCCCGCCACAAGCUACAUGUGCCUACACACACACACACACACACAUUCCUAAAAGCACUACGCCAGCAGCCGCCAUCUUACACUACUGUCUGCUAUGACACAGCCAUAAACGCAUACUACACACACUACAGUACACUACACUACACACGCUCUCUUUAUACACACUACACGUCCAACCCUGACGAUUCGACUCGUCUGUUUUAAAUUAUUUAUUCUGGCAUGUUACAAAAAGGCGACUUGUUUUUUUAAGUUUUUUUCUUUUUAAGUUUUUUACUCCAGAUUUUUUGUUGUCAUCAGCCCUGCCUGCAGCCUUCCCUCGAUCUCAGUCUGGCUCCUAAAGAGCCCGUACACCUUUAUUACAAUAUCUUAUCACCUAACAGCUAGCUACAGAACGACUUCAUAACACUAAUUAGCAACAAAUGAUAUUUAAACGAUGAGGCACUUGUUGUAAAAAGCUCCUGUUAGUAUUCGCAAAAACAAAUCGUGACACGGUUAAUGAUAGAAAUGGCUUCGUGACGACAUAGAAAACAAUCUUUUGGGUAUCUCGACUUUAAUCAGAUCUGGAUGAUAAAGUUUAAAACACUAAUCUUCACUAUUUACACACUGAUUUAAUUGCAAUUAAA